AUGAGGCUCAUGAAGUUUUGCAGAAAAUGCAACAAUGUACUGUUCCCAAAGGAAGACCUUCAAAACAAAGUGCUGCUCUAUGCCUGCAUCAAUUGCAACUAUCAGGAAGAAGCUGAGAACCAUUGUGUCUAUAUGAUUAAGAUCAAUCAAUCUCUUGGUAAAGGUUCUCAUGGUGAAAAGAUUGCAAUUGCUGACACUACUCUGCCUCGUACUAAGAAUGUCACUUGUUCUCAGUGCAACUAUUCAGAGGCUGUGUUCUUCCAGGAAGUAGCUAAAGGUGAAGAUGCUGUGUCUAUGUUCUUCAUAUGCUGCAAUCCGAGUUGUGGCUAUAAAUGGAGGGACUAAUGGAGUGGCUUUAAGUGACUCUCUGUUCUUCAUAUGUUUGUCUUGUUUGUCCUAUGCUUUCAUAAGCUGAGAAAAUUGCAGGAUUGUUCUUAUUCCAAAUUUGCAUGUUCGGUAUAUGAUGAUGCAUACAUACUUUUUCC